AGCGUAGCCUAUAGAAUUAGAAAUUAAUAACGCGUAAUAGCUUCAUGGAAUAUAGUAUAGUAUUAUUAGUAUAGUGAAGUGCAGAGCUGCUGAGGUAUGUUGACAAUCUUUUUGUGGUUCCUCCAAUCUCGUACUCUCAUCAAAGACGUGAAACAAGUCACUGAGUCCUGGAUUUACUAAUCAGACUGGUUGAGGGACUACUGCCAAAAAGAAGGACCUCUGCUGAACCACGGACUACUCAUUAAGUAUUUUGACAAGCCCAUGGCUGAACAAACCAGAAAUAAAGAAUAUACAUUAUUGCAGGUUUGAAUAACAUGACCAGCUUCAGAUCUAACGUAUACCUCCGCCUGUUCGCUCUAGUGCUUGUGGUGAUUACCAUCUACCUUCUAGUCUAUCAAAGAAGGCUCAUCAGCGGUUUGACAAAGAAAUACGUCUUCACUGAAAAGUCAGACGUCAUCUUCGAAUUGAAAAAUGUAAAUGGAAAGAGAACCGAAGAGUUCCCUCGGCUGUACGAAGUGCCAAAAUGUGAUCCACAAGUCAACAAAACCGUCCCCACUGCCGUCUGCAGACUGCUUGGUGCUAACAUUGACGACGAGGAGCGACGGACGUAUCUCCGUAUGUUGUCCUACUUCGAGGGCCUGGCAAAGAAGCGCAACUGGACAUAUUUCAUGAUGUUUGGGACACUCCUCGGGUCGUGGCGACAUCACGGGUUCGUGCCUUAUGACAUGGACGUGGAUCUAUACAUUGAUUACAAAUACCGCAAGGACAUCAUCAAUAUAAUGGAAGAGCAGACGAGAUUUGUCCCAAAACAGAUGGUGACGGAUUCCAUUAAAAUCUACGAUUCCAAACACAUCGUGGGUGGGGCGUACUACCCGAAUGUUGGACGAUGGUGGGCGCCAGACCUCGAUUGCUUCUUCUAUAAACAGGACGCGACUCACAUUUUCCGAUCCGACGAACCGGGGUCUUUCGUCAUGAAAAAGACAAAUGUUUUCCCGCUUCAGUUGAGGCCGUUUGAGACCCUUGAAUUGCCAGCUCCAAGGAAUGUUUUGCAAAGCUUAGUUGAUCAGUACGGAAAUACAUCCAUCUGUAAGCGGUACGCUAGAUCUUAUAAACCCGUGGAGUGCCGGGAAUUACGCCGGUACAUCCCGUUUGUUUACAGAGUGUUUAAAGAUGGACAGAUGGAAGAAAGGCUAAUUCUGGACAAACGCCUCCUUCAGGUCAAGUUAGUGAAAGAGUUGAAAAGUAGCUUGACCAGGGAUCCCUUUACUCUACAGGGACAAUAAGGGCAUCCAUGCUCCCUAUGGUGUGUAUCACUAAUGACCAAUAGGGGCAAAAACAAACCCAAUUGCCGUCCAACCGUAGUGGCACGCAAAAACGAUCAUCCCGCCUUGGAAGUUCUCUUUUGAGAAUAACACCUCCAAGUGCAAGUGAACGCCGAAGAGGCUCCGCAUCACUAAUUGACCAAUCAGCUUAGAUCGCUUAGGAAAGCAGCACUUUAAGAAAUCAGUGCGUGGUCUCACUGUCCAGUAGGGGCGCUAUCUGUGCGAUCAG